AUGUGCGGCAUGAAACGCGACAUGGGAGGCGCUGCGGGUGUCUUUGGUGCCUGGUUGGCAGCAGUCAAAUGCGGUGGACUGCCAACAGGAGCUCCGCUUCAUUGUGUGUUAUGCAUCGCCGAGAAUGGCAUUGGUCCAGGCAUGUUCUUGAACGAUGAUAUCAUAAUGCACUACUCAGGCUUGACUUCUGAAAUCAAUAACACCGAUGCUGAGGGUCGUUUAGUGUUAGCCGAUGGUGUGGCGCAUGCCGUGAAGAACCUUGGUGCAGAGCUCAUUGUCGACAUGGCCACGCUGACCGGCGCGCAGGCGAUUAGAACCGGGAACCACUUUUCCUCCAUCCUUGCCUCAGAUGAAGUUUUGGAGAAAGAGAUCGUGGAUGCUGGUCGUAAAUCUGGAGAGGGCGUGCACCCGGGUCUCUUUGCGCAAGAGCUGCUUCUGUCAGAGUUCGAUUCUGAGUUUGCGGACAUGAAGAAUUCGGUGAAGGAUCGGUCCAAUGCACAGUCGUCCUGUGCAGGACUGUUUAUCAUUGUUUAUCUACAAGCACCUGAAGCACGAAAGCCACCAUACACUGUGAUAUGUAUUACCCGUCUUGGAGGAUAUGCAACAGGCUACGGUGUUGGCCUGCUUUGCGCAUAG